CGAAAUUUCAGAUUAGUGCUUCAGUAAUCGUAAUCAUCAAGAAUUCCGGGCUUGGUUAAACUUGAAUUCUUAUUUGUUGUUUUAAUUGUUAAAUUUUUUUGUUUUUUGUUUUAAGCAAUUUAGUUUUGUAAAUUCGGGUCUGAAGUAUAAAACCUAAUUUCAUCGCACUGGGUAUUUUCCCGUUUAUUGACAGUUUUAGUUGUACGUGAUAUGUCCGUUCCAAAAUUUCAUUAAGAUGUCUGAUGACAUACCACCUUUGAUACCUGAAACGCCACCUCCCAUGACUAAAUUGGACUGGGAAGAUGAUGAGGAUUUCAUGGACUAUCCUCAUCUGGCCUUGGAAUUGCCAUCCGAGUCUAGUUUAAGUCCGGAUGGUGGAUGGAAUCCUAUUGACGAAUUAUCACUUCCUUACGAUGGUGAUGUCAUUCGUGAACCAGAUGCUUGUAUUGUACCAAAAUCCAAUGACAGUUUGUCGAAAUGGCCAUCAAGUAAUUCAAAGAAUGACCUAUCUAAGGAAUCAUCGUUAUCUGAAGAACAACCUAGUUUACAUCAAAACAAAUUAUCCAUAUGGAAAGAUAAAAAAAACAUCUCUUGGGAAAAUAUAAAGAAAUUAACCACUGACGAUCUUGAUAAUGUUAAUGAAAUAGACUGUAAUACAGAGAUCAAACAUAAUGAAUCUUCUGAAAACAUAAUAGAUAAUAAUAAAAAGGUAAUUGAUGAUGACUUGUCUGUAACUUCUGAUCAAUAUAUUUGUGACAUGGAAAAUGUAAAAAGUAAUAUAAUACCGCAAAAUUUAACUAAUUUAGAUCUUCAGUUAAAUAAAUCUGAAGUAUAUAAAAAUAAUGAGAUAUUUCAGCCUAUAACCAAUGUUAGUUUUGAAAAAUCAAUUGACCAAGAAACAUUAGUUAAUGGUUGUUUAGAAUGUGUAGACAUUGAAGAAUCGUCUAAUCAAACCAAUUGUGUUCAAAAUGUUUUAUUAGAAAAUUUAAAAAAUGAUGUAAGUGAUACUGAUACGCCUAAUGAUAUGUAUGCAAUAUUAGUUGAUAACUUAUCAGUUAAUAAUAAUAAUAACAUUAUAAUUAAAAAUGAUCAAGAAGAGUAUACAGAUUUUUGUGAUUUUGAAACUAAUUUGCCUCAUACUUUAAAUGUGCCUUUACCAAAUAGAACAUCCCAAGAAAAUCAUGAAAUCAUUGAAGAUUCUCAAACUGUUGAUCAACAUUAUAUUGACAAAUUACCUUUAACACAGUUUAAUGAUGAACACUGUAAAAUAUUGAAAAAUACUGAAACAUUAGUCGAAAAUGAAAUAGAACAAAAUGUAGAAUCAAUUAGUGCUAAUUGUUCAACAUUUCAAAAUAAUGAAAUUAAUGUUGAGCAUAACUCAGGUUCUGAAUUUGAUGAAUUUUCUGAUUUUCAUGUAUUUUCAAAUUUUACCGAUAAAAAAUUAAUUUGUGAUAAAAAUGACGAUGAUGAUGAUUUCUGUAACUAUGAAACUUGUAUACCUAAUUUUAAUGAUACAACAGUAGAGUUCAAACAUUCCAAUGUCGAACAAGUGCAAUGUUUAACCAGCAAUGUUAAUAAUUCAAUAUCAAAAUCUGAUAAACAAAAUAAUUUAAUUAACAAUGAUGUUGAUGAUGACAAUUUCUGUGAUUUUGAAUCUGGUUACACUACAUCACUAUGUCAUCAUACAAGUGAUCAAGUUAAAGAUUCAAAACAAAAUUAUGCAAUAUUAAAUUCAGAGUUACAUGUUCAACUUGAUUAUAAACAAUUUUGUAAGGAUGCUUUUCAAGGAGAUUAUGAGUUAUGCGAGGAAAUCGAUUUGCAAAACUUAGACGAUGAGUUAAAUGAGUCUCAAGUAUGGCAGGGUUUAAAAGAUGUAGAUUCAAGUCCAGCCCUUAACUAUAAUUGGACCAAAUCAGAAUCAAAUAAUGUUUUUCUUGCUUCACUCUCAAUUGAUUCUAGAAACAUAUUGUAUGGUGCUUCUUGGAACCCAAAAGUCCCUAGAUUUGCCGCAAAUAUGUCUAACAAUCCAUUGGAACCAUUAAAAGCUUCUAACAAUGACACAAUUGAUACAAAAAUAUCGCAAUCUUUUUCCAAUGGCCCAAUGCAGGAAACAGUACCGGACCCUGAAUUCGACUGGAAAAGCAGUGGCUUAAUAAAUCCAUUAGACUGUAAUCAUACGUCGUUACUCGAUCUUGAACUCCUUGAUACACUUGCACCAUGCUGUACAAAUGCUCUUCAGCCUAAAACAUGGAAAACAUCUGAGGUUGUGAAAGAAGAAGAAGAAAAAGAAGAAGAAAAUGAAGAAGAAGAAAAAGAAGAAGAGAUACCCAUUCAAAGUAGUCCUGAAAGUAUAGUUGUGUUUGAUGAGUUUUUUAGUGCAUCAUUACCGCCAUCAUCCGACAAUCAUUCAACAGACACCAUUGAAAGUCCAAGUUCUCCUAUAGCAACAGUAAGUCAUGAAGCACAAAGAAUUUUGGAUAGUUUACCUGAUUUCAAGGUAUUACAAAAACCAUAUUUAGUAAUAUUAGAAAGAGAAAACAAUUUAUUUUUGAAUUAAUUUUUUUUUUUAUAAACAAUUAUUUAUAAGAAUUUAUAAAAAUAUUAAAUUACAUCAGCAAGAAAGAAUAUCCUAGAUGUUUUCUUGUUGAAAUCAAGUCCAUUAUGUGCAAUAAGUUAAACUAAUCUGUCCAAAUUGUUUUCAUGUGUAAAUUAAUUUAAAUAAUCAUUUAUCAUUAAUUAUCUUAUGUAUUCCUGUUAGUCAAUUGAUUUUAUCAUUAAAGAA